GGGUGGGUUGAGGUAGCGGAGUCGGGGGGAGAAGGAGGGCCUGCGAGGCAGCGGCGGCCGGGAGAGCGCGCGCGCUGGGCGCAAAGGAGCUGAGUGGACGGCUGGCGGCGGGUUGCAAUAGCAUCCUCCUCACGAAAAGAUACCAUUGGCGGCGGCGGCGGCAGCAGCAGCAGCGAGCUGCCUUCUCGGUGGCUGGAGUCGGUCGGUGGAAUUUUCAGCAAGAUGUUCAAGGUAGCAGCCUUCGCCUGCGUGUGGGCAGCCGCUUGGUGCAAUCAAGCCGUGGAGUCGGCGGCGGCGGCGGGGUCGAUCGCUGCAGCCACGGCGACCGGAGCCGGAGGCAGGUCAGACAGCGGGAAUUUCCUGGAUGAUAAGCAAUGGCUUACGACUAUCUCCCAAUAUGACAAGGAGGUCGGACAGUGGAACAAAUUCCGAGACGAAGUUGAGGAUGAUUAUUUUCGUACAUGGAGUCCGCUUACAUCCUUUGAUCAAGCUUUAGACCCAGCUAAAGAUCCAUGCUUAAAGAUGAAAUGUACACGUCAUAAGGUAUGCAUUGCACAAGAUCAACAAACAGCUGUUUGCAUUAGCCACCGGAGACUGACACACAGGAUGAAAGAAGCUGGUUUAAGUCAUAAACAAUGGAGAGUUGGUUCUCUUUCAUCAAAAUGCAAACAGUGUCCUGUAAUUUAUACCAAUCCAGUUUGUGGAUCUGAUGGUCACACAUAUUCUUCUCAGUGCAAACUUGACUAUCAAGCCUGUGCCUCAGGAAAACAGAUCUCAGCUAAGUGUGAAGGACGUUGUCCUUGCCUUUCAGAAAAGUCUACAAGUGCAGGCAGAAGUGAUAAGAGAGCGUGUGGUGACUUGGAGUUCAGAGAAGUUGCAAGUAGAUUGCGAGACUGGUUCAAGACCCUUCAUGAAAGUGGAAUUCAGAAGAGAGCUAGGCUUUUGCAAAGGCCGGAAAGAAGCAGAUUUGAUACCAGCAUUUUACCAAUUUGCAAGGACUCUCUUGGCUGGAUGUUUAACAGACUUGAUACAAACUAUGACCUACUUUUGGACCAAUCAGAACUUGGAAGCAUAUAUCUUGACAAGAAUGAGCAGUGCACCAAGGCAUUCUUCAAUUCUUGUGACACUUACAAGGACAGUUUAAUAUCAAACAAUGAAUGGUGUUACUGUUUCCAAAGGCAGCAAGAUCCACCUUGCCAGACAUUGCUCAGCAACGUUCACAAACAGCAAGGGGAAAAGAAAUUUCUAGGACAGUAUAUUCCUUUAUGUGAUGAAGAUGGCUACUAUAAACCAACUCAGUGUCAUGGAACUGCAGGUCAGUGCUGGUGUGUCGACAGAUAUGGCAAUGAGGUAACAGGAUCCCGAACACACGGCGCUGCAGAUUGUGAUUUAGAGACAUCAGGGGAUUUUGCCAGUGGUGAUUUCCAUGAAUGGACAGAUGAUGAGGAUGAGGAUAUCAUGAAUGAUGAAGAUGAAAUAGAAGACGAUGAUGAUGAAGAUGAGGGUGAUGAUGAUGACGACGACCAUGAGGGAUACAUUUGAUUUUCUUAGCUGUGACUAAUUUGUCUCUAAAAUUUACAAGAUGCUAUCCCAGAAAAUUCUUCUACCUUCAGAGGUCAAAUGGAAUCAAAUCUACAUGUAUAUUUUGUAUGAUUAUUUGAAACACUGCAGCUGGACAUUCUUCGUUUAAAUGAAAAUCAUUAUAUUAUGUGUUGUUUUUAUAUACCACUUGGCAGAAGAAAAUGCACUGGAAUGUAGCCUCAAGGGGGAAAAAAAUAGAUAUUUGAGAUGUGUGAGGUAGUGGAAAACAAGCAAACCCCAAGGUAACUUUAAGGACAUCUGCUGUUUCAGAAUCUAUACGUAAAGGCACACUUCCAGCAGACCAGUGCUCCAUUAUAAAACAGCUUUGUCAUGGUGUAGAUCACAGAGACAUCUUUCAGACUCUGCAUGAGCAAGAGAAGGAAACGUUAACAUGUCAUCAGCUUAUUGUACAUUAGAGCAGCAGAGAAUCUAUAGGAGGACACGAAGUGCCAGGUACUCUCUUUCUGUUUUGAACUGUUACGUUUUCAAUUUCCAAAUUACUACGAUCUUGAAAUGAUGCGUGUUCAUUCUUUAAAGCAAGGGUGGGAAAACUCUGGCCCCUUUAUGACUUGUGGACUUCAACUCCCAGAAUUCCUGAGCCAGCAUGGUUGGCUCAGGAAUUCUGGGAGUCUUUUUUUUUAUUAUUUGCAUUUAUAUCCCGCCCUUCUCUGAAGACUCAGGGCGGCUUACACUAUGUUAGCAAUAGUCUUCAUCCUAUUUGUAUAUUUAUAUACAAAGUCAACUUAUUGCCCCCAACAAUCUGGGUCCUCAUUUUACCUACCUUAUAAAGGAUGGAAGGCUGAGUCAACCUUGGGCCUGGUGGGACUAGAACCUUCAGUAAUUGCAAGCAGCUGUGUUAAUAACAGACUGUCUUACCAGUCUGAGCCACAGAGGCCCAGAGUUGAAGUCCACAAGUCAUAAAAGGGCAAUAGCUAACCAACUCCUGCUCUAAAGCUUGCCUCCUAGUAACUACAUGGAGGGGCCCAUGUUGUUUAGGGAAAACAAAAUGAAAAUGUCUGCCAUAGACUUCCAGGAACCUUUUGAUUUCCCAAUCUAAUAUACUGCCAUAGCAUUCCCCCUUUCAGAAAUUAACCAAAGCUAAUCUGUUUAGCCUUUCUGAAAUCAACUAGAAAUAAAUUCAGUCAAUCGCAACAAACAGACAAACAAUUCCAACAAACAUUUUGUUCCUUUCUGAGUAAAGUUUCUGAAUAAAAAUUCCAUAAAGUUUGAGUUUCUGUGUUACUGUAACACAUGUCUGGAUGAUUGUUUUUGAACUAUGGCUUUUUUCAUUUUUAAAUGGUUCUAAACAUUUCUCUUCUAAUUUAUCCCUUUUUGCUAUUAGUUCAAAACUUAGAGGAGCUAUUGUAAGGUGCCUUGCAAAAUAGUAAUAGAAAGAUUUAUAGCAUGCAUACUGAAAUAAAAUUAUGAGGCAGUAGCCAAGCAUUUCCAAAUUCCAAAUUUUAUAUCACUGUAAGUGCUGCUGCUGUUAUGGAGAAUAUUUUUUUCUCCUCUGCCCCAAUUUUUACAUAAUUACCAUAUAGAAUGCAUUAUAAUUCUUAAAUAGAGUUGCAUUCACAAUUUGACUAUAGACAAAAUUAUUUUAAUCACUCUAUUUAUGUUAGCAUGUUAAUUGUGUAAACGUUUUGAGAUUCCACUACCUGCAUUCAUAUCAAAUUAUGGCUUCAUGCCAUAAUGAAAUUGAAAAACUCUGUGUAAUUAUGCAAGCAGUUGUUUAAUUUCAACUCUGCAUUAUCAUUGUCCCUAAUUUUUAAUCUGCAAUUAAUUGAAAUAAAGUUUCUUUGCAUUUGAUUAAAUAGAUUUAAUAUUAAAUUUAAUUAUUAUCAUGUAACAUUAAAAUACUGUUUUUCUUUUUAUGUUCCUGUAUAGUUUACAAA